CAUCAGGGCCACCCUACUCUGCGUUGUACUUCUCUCUCUGCUGGCAGGUUCAGCUCAUUCCUGCUGAGGAAGUAUUGCAAGAGGGCAGUUGUUUAUCUUAGGUUUGCGUGACAGAGAGUUUGCCGUGGUAUGACGACUCCUAACAAGGGAAGCAAAGCCUUAAAGGUGAAGCGGGAGCCGGGUGAGAAUGGAGCCAGUCUCACUGACCAGGAGCUGGUGUCCAUGUCUGUGCGAGAACUGAACCAACACCUUCGCGGCCUGUCCAAGGAGGAGAUCAUCCGGCUGAAGCAGCGACGCCGGACGCUCAAGAACCGCGGCUACGCAGCCAGCUGCCGGGUCAAGAGGGUCACUCAGAAGGAGGAGCUGGAGAAGCAGAAAGCCGACCUGCAGCAAGAGGUGGAGAAGUUGGCCUCCGAGAACGCCAGCAUGAAAUUGGAGCUGGACGCCCUGCGUUCCAAGUACGAGGCCUUGCAAAGCUUCGCCCGGACCGUAGCCAGGGGACCCGUCAUGCCAGUCAGGGGACCCAUCUCCUCCGCUAUGGGCCCCAUUAUGCCGGGCAAAGUGGCUACCACUAGCGUCAUCACGAUAGUAAAAUCCAAGACGGAUGCAAGAUCUUAGUACUUACUGCUGUAGAACGAACACUGGCUAGAGUCGAAACCCAGUUUGUGGUUUAAAAACUGGUCAGUUCGUGAGGUUAGGCACAAGGCUAUUAUUUUCUUUUUUUUUCUUUUGGUUUGUUUCCCCCAAAAUUCAAAUACUAAAAGCACUUUGGAAAACACAGCAACUAAAUGUAAGAAACGAGCAAAGGGCUCAUGAAAACACUUAACCUAGUUCAACAUAAGUUGAGUGUUAUGGAAGCCAAGACUUUAGAUGACUGGGUACUUGAAGUUAAGGUUAUUAUUAUUUCUACCCAAACCCCUCACCUUUCCCCGGUUUCUACAGAAUCUACUGUAAAUGUCUGUGUUUUAACUUUUGAGUUUUCUAUUCAAGCAGAAAUGUAAGUUAAAAGAGAGGUUUUAUUUGGGGUGGAAACCUUGUGGCUAACCUUUUGAGCGCCGACCAAUGUAACAGCCUCUCAUACUCAUGCACAUCUGAACACGGUGUACCGUAUCACCAUGGAGUAAGGUAGUUCAAAUGACCUGUUCAUAUGGUUAAGUAUUCCUUUCUAUUCACAUACCAAUGGGUCUUUCUCCACAAAUUUUCUAGUACAAAUUUAGAAUGGUGUGAUUUGUCCUUUUAUUUCUAUAUAUAUAUAUAUGUAUAUAUAUAAAUAUAUAAAACUACAUAACAAGAAAUCAAAUGUCUGUGACUACAGGCAUUUUAAAUUAAAGGCUGUGCAUAAAUCCAGUGAGAAAGGGAAGAAGCACAAUUAUUGUAACCUCCUUCAGCACACUGACAUCUCCUGGGAGCUGACUUGAGAAGGUGACCGAAUGUUGCAGCCUUCAAAAUACUUUUUAUUUUGAAUAACUUCAAAAAAAAUUGCAAUCUUAUUUCACUGUUGCAUUCCUAAUGCUGCCUUCGAUACUCCAGAACUGGUAAUAAUCCCUAAUCGAAUAU